ACAACGGGUUGAAGAGGUCAGAACGAUCAUAGACUCGUAGCCCGUAGAACGAACCAAACACGCCUUUGGCGGGCAAUUCCACCAGCCCUCUAGGUCAUCUGGCUUGGCAUUAUGAUGGACUCUCAUGGCGAAAAUCACGCACCCCAUUUCGGCGUGGAUCAGGAGGCCUCCAAGGCUUGAAGCGCGGGGCUCCGCGAACAGUCUUGGCCACCUCCAGUAUGGUCGAGCUGACCCUCGAAUUGUCGACAUGUCGUCAAUUUGUCUUAUCGGACGCUAACAAAGUGUCACUGUCUUUAUAUCUGUCUGGUCUGAGUGGGCGUCGAUAGCACACUCCGCUCUCUGCCCCUCUUUCGCUUUCAAUGGAACACGUCUCGCGCAUCGACACAGCGAGGGAAGCAGUUGAUCAAGCUCUCAACUUUGCUGAUGACGAGCCUUUGUCUGGCGAGACACCAGUCCACGACAUAGUACUGUCGGAUCCUCUUCUCCAACACUUGCCGUUUGAGGGCUAUCGCAUCUUGGACCCACAGUCUUCGAGAGCAGCCCCUAUAAAGCCGUUGUGCGAUCGUACCCACAGCUACAUCUCCUUUGUGACACCGGUCUUUGGCGAUGAUCGGGCUACGGGCUUCGCGAAGAGGGCCGCCUCGAUCUGCAGGUUUGUGGGCAGGAAUUGGAACAACCUAUUGCUGGUAUUUGUACCCAUGGGUAUUAUAGCACCAGAGCUAGGUUGCGGAGACACGGUCGUCUUUGUGUUCAAUUGCUUUGCUAUUGUCCCACUGGCCGAUGUACUCUGUCGCGCUACAGACGAUGUUUCGAGCUUUCUGGGAGACACCGCGGGCGCACUGUUGAAUGUAACCAUGGGUAAUGCAACUGAGCUGGCAAUUUUUAGUCACGCGCUGCUACAACGGCAGUAUGCCAUCGUACGGACUUCAUUACUUGGGUCUAUAAUAGUCAACAUGUUGCUUGUACUAGGCCUAUCGAUCCUGGCCGGGGAAAUACAGAUGCGCGGUCAGAGCUACAACGUUCUUGCCACCAGAGUUGCGGCAGGACUACUUUGUCUCACUACUGUCAGCCUCCUUGUACCUUCUACCAUCAAGUCUUCCUCAGACAACAUCAUCCAAAAGCGCGACAUCCUUGGAAUCAGCAGGGGAACGUCCAUUGUCCUCAUCGUUGUAUAUAUCGUCUACUUGUGGACCCAAGUCAAGUCCACCAGGUUCUCGUAUAAGCCUUUGAUCGAGUUGGGUGACGAGCCAGUCGUGCAAGAGAUGCAAGAGAGUUUGGAGCUUGACAGAGGGAGCAUCCAUCGCCGCACACUGUCGUACCCACGAACAUUUGCACCCCUUCCUCGAUCAGAUAUAGCAGCUCCCGCACAGUACAUUGACAACCGUGACCUACCAGAUCCAUAUCUCGCCGAAACCUUUUCAGAUCAGAUGACGGCUACACUCGAGUUGGUUAGAACUAUUCCGUGGGUGCGCAAAGCAAUUCCAGUCGCGAUGAUGAUCCUGUCAACGUGCCUAAUAUCCAUCUGCGGAGAGCUCCUCGUCGGAAGCAUCGAUCAUUUUGUGGACCACUCACCCAUCUCCAAGACAAUGGUCGGUCUCAUCAUCCUACCAGUGGUAGGCAAUGCCUCGGAGCUCAUCUCCGGCAUCAUGUUUGCGUAUCGCAAGCAAAUGGAUCUCGCUUUUGCAAUAUGCAUCGGCAGCGCCAUUCAAAUGGCCCUUCUCGUUGCGCCGCUAGUGGUGCUGCUGGGUUGGACUCUGGGACGCGAGAUGAGUUUGAACUUCAGUCUCUUCGAAGCUAUCACGCUGGUGGCGAGUACGGUGCUGUUUUUCUCGCUCGUGUUUGACGAUAGGUGUAGCACCAUCAAGGGCGCUUCUCUCAUUGCGGGUUACACCAUCAUCAGUCUUACAUCGAACUUCAUAACCAGCACCGAGGAUUAGCUAGAGCGGCCAUUAAGCCUGUGGACACGGUAGUUUCGCUCACUAAAUAAUUUCAUAGUUGACGCUGUUCUUAUAAACAAACCGCGAUGAACAACACAGUUCAGUGAUAGUUCUGGAAACAUAAGCCGAGCUUCAACGUCAAAUAGUGGAU